UCUCAGCUUUCUUCUAAUGCAACCACCUCACGCGUAACCAUCUCUCUUCUUCCCAGAGAUGAAGCACGUCGGCAGUGGCGGCAAGAACAACAAUCUCUCCAUCUUCAUCGUCGUCUUUUCUGUAUUUUUCUUCGCAAUUUUCUUGUACAAUGAGGAUUUGAAAUCGUUUGCAGAGUUCUCAUUCUCAACACCCAAAUCGCAGGAACUUCAACAAGAGCUUUCGAGUUCAAGUAACCCAGUUCAAGAAACCAGCAAAAAAGAGGAAGAGAAGCCGAAUGCGAGAACUAUUAAGGAAGAGAAAGUGGAAAAUUCUCUAGAAAAAAGAGAACCCAUUAAUAUGAAGAUGAUAAUAACCAAGGAAGAAACUUUAGAUGAGAAAUUUUCCGACAUUAAAGAAGAAAUUGAGGAAGUUGAGGUGCCACCAGAAGAAUGUGAUCUCUUUACGGGAGUAUGGGUUUUCGACAAUCUUACUCAUCCUCUGUAUAAAGAAGAAGAAUGUGAGUUCCUCACUGCGCAAGUGACGUGCUUGAGAAAUGGCAGAAAGGAUACUCUUUAUCAGAAUUGGAAAUGGCAGCCCAGAGAUUGUUCAUUGCCCAAGUUCAGUGCGAGAUUGUUGCUUGAGAGACUUCGAGGGAAGCGGCUCAUGUUCGUCGGUGACUCGCUGAAUCGGAACCAGUGGGAAUCCAUGGUCUGUCUCGUUCAAUCUGUGAUCCCUCCAGGCAAGAAGAGCUUGAACAAGUCAGGAUCGCUCUCUGUUUUCCGAGCUGAGGAAUACGAAGCUACGGUUGAGUUCUACUGGGCCCCAUUUUUGGUGGAAUCCAACUCGGAUGAUCCAACGAUGCACAGCAUUCUAGAUCGCAUCAUCAUGCCUGAUUCAAUCAACAAGCAUGGGGAGCACUGGAAAGGUGUAGACUACUUGAUCUUCAAUACCUAUAUAUGGUGGAUGAACACUCUCAAGAUGAAAGUUUUGCGAGGAUCCUUCGAUGAGGGCAACACAGAGUAUGAUGAGAUCGAGCGGCCGAUAGCUUACGAGAGGGUUUUGAGGACAUGGACUAAUUGGGUAGAGGAAAAUGUGGAUCCCAAAAGCACCUCUGUCUUCUUCACUAGCAUGUCUCCGGUUCACAUCAAGAGUUUGGAUUGGAACAACCCUGAUGGGAUCAAAUGUGCCAAGGAGACAAUGCCCGUACAGAACAUGACCCGGUUGGAAGUGGGUACAGAUCACCGGGUUUUUACUGUGGCAUUGAAUGUGACCCGAUCCAUUGAGGUUCCUGUCUACUUCCUUAACAUUACCACCCUCUCUGAGUAUCGGAAGGACGCGCACACAUCAGUCUACACCAUCCGGCAAGGCAAUAUGCUAACAGAUGAACAGAAGGCUGACCCGGACAAUUUUGCGGAUUGCAUCCAUUGGUGCCUCCCGGGUUUGCCCGAUAUUUGGAAUGAAUUCCUCUAUACUCGUAUCAUCUCUCGUUCCUCAACCCACUAGUCUUCUCUCCCUC